CAAAGAUCAUCACAUUUGUGAAGAGUGAGCUGCAAAGAUUUAAGAUGAUUCUUAGUCCGGAUUACCAAGAAAACUUAAAGAGACAAGACAACGAUGAGAGUGAUGCCAGAGAAGGAGCUCUCAAGAUGGCACUACACUUCCUAUGGGAGAUGGAGAGAACGGAUCUUGUUGACAAACUAAAAGAACAUGAGCUGGAUGUACUUUGUCGGGCUGAGCUGAAAAUGCAUCUCAAGAACAAGUACCAGAGUGUGUUUGAAGGAAUACCCAUGCAAGGAAACUCUGCCCAGCUCGAAAAGAUCUACACAGAGGUCUACAUCACAGAGGGAGGAAGUGGGAAAGUAAAUGAGGAGCAUGAAGUCAGGCAGAUUGAGUCCAGAUCCAAAAGACCAGUUGAAAGGGAGAAAAAAAUCAAAAGCAGGGACAUCUUCAAGCUCUUACCUGGUCAGGACAAAUCAAGCAGAAGAGUUAUGACAAAAGGGGUAGCUGGCAUUGGUAAAACCAUCUCCAUUCAGAAGUACAUCCUGGACUGGGCUGAGGAAAAAGACAACAGUGAUAUCCACUUCAUUUUCCCAUUGCCUUUUCGGGAGCUGAACCUUGUGAGAGAUGAACAUCACUCUUUGAUGAGUCUUCUUCACCACUUCUUUCCAGAGCUGAAGACCUUAACCUUUGGCAAUCAAGGAAAGUAUAAAAUGUUGUUCAUCUUUGACGGCCUGGAUGAAUGUCGACUACAACUUAACUUCCAGAAGAAUGAAAUUUUGACCAAUGUGACAGUUCCAACUUCCCUGGAUGUACUCCUCACAAAUCUCAUCAAGGGAAAUCUGCUUCCCUCUGCUCUACUUUGGAUCACCUCCCGACCAGCAGCAGCCAGUCAGAUUCCACCCGAUUGUGUUGACCUUGUCACAGAGAUCCAUGGGUUCAAUGACCAACAGAAGAAGAAGUACUUCAGGAACAGGUUCAAUGAUGAGAGUUUUUCCUGCAGAAUCAUUUCUCACAUUAAAUCAUCAAGAAGUCUCCACAUCAUGUGCCACAUACCAGUGUUUUGCUGGAUCGCUGCUUGUGUUCUUGCAGCGAUUCUUGGCUCUUCAGGAGGACGACAGCUUCCAAAAACAUUGACAGAGAUGUACACAUAUUUCCUGAUCUUCCAAACAAAACAGGCCAGUCAAAAAUUUGAUAAUGUGCAUGACCCUGAGCCACAAUGGAACAAGAAUCUUAUCCUUUCUCUUGGAAAGCUAGCUUACGAACAGUUGGAGAAGGGAAAUCUGAUCUUCUAUCAAAAGGACCUGCAAGAUUGUGGCAUUGAUGCUAGAGAAGCUGCAGUGUGCUCUGGUGUCUGCACCCAGAUCUUACGACAGGAAUCUGGAAUUUUUCAAGCAACAGUUUUCUGCUUUAUCCACCUGAGUAUCCAGGAGUUUCUAGCAGCUCUGUAUGUGUUUCUGAUGAUGGCGAACGAAAGUCAAAAUGUGAUCUCCAGACACCAACAUCCCGAAGAAGAAUCCAUGACCAUGUUACACAAGACUGCUGUGGACAAAGCUCUGGAGUAUAAAGAUGGCCGCUUUGACCUUUUCCUCCGUUUCUUUCUUGGUCUCUGCCUUGAGUCUAACCAGACUCACCUGCGUGGCUUACUACAGAGAGGACAAAAACAGAUGGGCAAUGAUGAAACUAUCAGUUACAUUAAAGACAGGAUCAGGGAGGUGCCUUCAUCAGAGAGGGUGAUCAACCUCUUCCACUGCCUGAAUGAACUGAAUGACCACUCCUUAGUGGAGGAGAUCCAGAGCUUCUUGGGUGCAGAGAAUCUUUCGGAAGCCCAGCUCUUACCUGGCCAGUGGUCGGCUCUCGUCUUUGUGCUGGUCACAUCAGACCAAAAGCUGGAUGUGUUUGACCUGAAGAAAUUCAUCAGGUCUGAUGAAGGUCUCCAAAGGUUGAAGCCAGUUGUGGAGGAAUCCAAAACUGUUCUACUGGCGAACUGUGGUGUAACAGGUGAAGGAUAUGCUGCUCUUGCCUCAGCUCUCAAAUUAAACCCUUCACAUCUGGAGGAACUGGACCUGAGAGGAAACGACCCUGGAGACUCUGGAGUAAAACUGCUUUUGGAAUUACAGCAGGAUCCUGCCUGUAAACUUCAGACCCUGAGGCUUGGUGACUGCAGUAUAACAAAAGAGGGCUGUGCUGCUCUGAGUUCAGCUCUAGCAUCAAACCCCUCACAUCUGAUGACUCUGACUCUGGAUAAUAAUAAACUAGGAGACUCUGGAGUGAAGCAGCUCUCUACUCUACUCAGGAACCCAGACUGUAAACUACAGGUUCUGUGGCUUCCUGACUGCAGUAUGACAGAAGAGGGCUGUGCUUCUCUGACUUCAGCUCUGGCAACAAACCCCUCACACCUGACACAUCUGAAGCUGAGUGAGAAUAAACUUGGAGACUCUGGAGUGAAGCAGAUCUCUACUCUACUCAGCAAUCCAGACUGUAAGCUACAGAGCCUGGGGCUUGAUGACUGCAGUAUUACAGAAGAGGGCUGUGCUGCUCUGACUUCAGCGCUGAUUUCAAACCCCUCACACCUGACAGAGCUGUAUCUGAAUAAUAAUAAACUUGGAGACUCUGUAGUGAAGCAGAUAUCUACUCUACUCAGGAUGCCAAGCUGUAAACUACAGAUACUGGGGUAA